AUGAAGCGUCCUAAUGGAGGUAAAUUGUUUUUUAUUAAGAAGAAUUUGAACAACUUCUUUAUCAGAAACUUCAAUAUUUCUUGAAGAUAGUUUUUUUCUAUGUUAAGAAUCUUUCCUGUAAAAUCCAGUCAUAGUGGUUAACUCAGACUUUUAUAAAAGAGGUUAAGCUGGUUUAAAUAAUUUCUCUUAGGAAAUCAUGCUUCUUAAUUUAUGCUACCUUUAAAACUUAAAUGUUUAAUUUUCAGGAAUUUAUAGGUCAAUUAUAUGAUUUUCCAAUAAAUUUCUUCUCAAUACGAUUUAUUAUUUUUUGGAUUAUUCAAUAAGCAAUUUAGCAGAUUCUGGAAACAAUUCUAGUAAUACUUUAUAUAUUUAAAAACUUAGGCAUUUUUAGAUAGAACUUAAGCAGAAUAAUUAGACAUGGCACAUUCUUCAUUGAUAAAAUCUACAGGGUUGCAUUCCAUAAUGAUGUUUCUUUUAGUUAUAAUUUACACAUUUCUGUAAAAAUGAUAAACAAACUAUCCAAUUUUUGAUAUGAUAAC